CGGAGGCGUGCGGAGCCGGAACAGUCCUCCAGCGGCUGGGCUUGCGCCCUGGUCGCCUACUGCUGACGUGGGCCGGCUGGGUCGGGGGCAGUAAGUGCGGGUCGCCAUGGCGGUGGACAUCACACUGCUGUUUCGGGCCAGCGUCAAGACCGUGAAGACGCGCAACAAGGCGCUGGGAGUGGCGGUGGGCGGCGGCGUUGAUGGCAGCCGCGACGAGUUGUUCCGCCGGAGCCCCCGGCCCAAAGGCGACUUCUCCAGCCGGGCGCGCGAAGUGAUUUCGCACAUUGGCAAACUGAGAGAUUUUCUUCUAGAACACAGGAAAGAUUAUAUUAACGCUUAUAGCCAUAUCACGUCUGAAUAUGGAAGGAUGACAGACACGGAACGCGACCAGAUAGACCAGGAUGCUCAGACGUUCAUGAGGACCUGCUCAGAAGCAAUUCAGCAGCUGAGAACUCAAGCCUGCAAGGACGCGCAGUCGCAGCAAGUGAAGGAGCACAGGGCCGCUGUUCUGGACUUCACUGAAGAUUACCUAAAAAGUAUUGCAUGUCAGCCUAAAGGAGUGUGUAAGCUUUACUCAGAACAAAGAGCCAUCCGAGUUAAACGAAUGGUGGAUAAGAAAAGAUUAUCUAAGCUGGAACCAGAACCAAAUACAAAGUCAAGAGAAUCUGUGUCUUCUGAGCAAGUUUCGCUGGAUCCUGCAAAAGACUCUGAAGAAAAACCCGUCACUGAAGAAUAUCCAGAAAAGAUUCCGGCUGAGGCACACCCGGAAUUGGGAACCUGGGGGGAUGGCAGAGUUGAAGAUGAACUGUCCCCCGAAGAGAUACAGAUGUUUGAGCAAGAAAACCAGCGCCUGAUUGGUGAGAUGAACAGCCUGUUUGAUGAAGUGAGGCAAAUUGAAGGGAAAGUGGUUGAAAUUUCUAGACUCCAAGAGAUAUUCACAGAGAAGGUUUUACAACAGGAAGCCGAGAUUGACAGCAUUCACCAGUUAGUCGUAGGGGCAACUGAGAACAUCAAGGAGGGCAAUGAAGAUAUCAGAGAGGCCAUCAAAAACAACGCGGGCUUCCGAGUGUGGGUGCUGUUCUUCCUGGUCAUGUGCUCCUUCUCCCUGCUCUUCCUCGACUGGUACGACAGCUAGCUGCCCCGGGGCUGUCGCCGGAGCACGGUCAGGGCCAGGUCUGACCACAGAGCCACUGGGGAGAGGGGGGAGGGGGGCGGCAGACCGAUAAGCUCACAGAAGGGACGCCCAGACCACUGAGGAGCAAAAGGAAAACAAUGGACACAAUUGAGAGUGGCCUGUGCAGCAGUCCUGAGGCAGCUCCCCCAGCUGCCUCUGGGCUUGAAGGAGGCACGACCUUCCCUCCUGGGGUGAGAACCCCUCAGCACAGAUGAUUGUUCCCAAAGGCUUCUUCCCUGCCUGAGCCUACUGAGACCCGCUCUGUAUUGUGGCAAGCUCACCUUUGCCUUGUUAACCUAAUAAAUACAUGACAGCCACUUAACAUGUCGCUGGGUACAAGUUCAGAAAUCCAGCAGCCGCCUGCCUGCCUGCCUGCCUCCUGUCGGGAAGAAGUGUGGGACCAGCCGGCCUGCUCCUCCCAGAACCACUACCCCAACACUUUGUCCUGACAGGGCGGGCAGGGGGCCGGGAAGCCUGACUUCCUGCCUCUGGGGCCCAAGGAGCUUUUGUUCAGAGAAGGAAAAUGGGCCCCAUUUUGCGGCUCUGGGCCUGUGCAUCUGACCUUCUAGGAAAUAAAACGGGAACGCCUGUUUGUACCUGCAAGCAUGAGGCACCUGGAGCCAUAUCUGUGCAGGAAGCGUCCCGGUGUCCCAAGGGCCACCUCAGUGCCGGUGCAGACGGCUCCUAUGACAUGCGUGUUACAGUGUUGGACAGCAACGGGGACCCCUGUGUUAUUUGCAGAGUGAAAAUGUGAAUGAACUGACAGUCAAUAAACUACAUGUCUACUGGCAGACACGAACGGGCUUGCCUCGGCACCACUGAAAGCUAUCUGUGCAGGAAGUCUUUGGGGAAUAGUUAGUGCUCCCUAUGCUUCCCUUGCUUCGCUGCACCUGACCCCACGCCACACACCCCCUGCCCUGCGGUCGUGGCCACUGUUUCCAAACACCCUUGAUAAGAAUGCAGUUUGCUUUGGAAGUACAUUUCAGAAAACGGGAAUGGAAUUGGCCGUGAGCAGCAUGCUUGUUCAAAACAGAUCUUGCACUAUUUGUCAUUUAUUUUGGAUCUACUAAAAAACAGUAAAACUUUUGACACAUCCACCAGAAACAACACAUUCAAAUAACAUGGAAGAAAAUGUCUGAAUAUCUUUGUUCUAUUUAAUCGUCUUACACACUUAGUUUAUCUAACUGGCAAUUUUGUAAACAUAUACUUUAAUGUCAAGAUUCAGGUUGAAACAAUUUUCUUACAAAGAUUGUGAGUUGAAAUGUCAUAAUUGGACUUGUGGGGUACCACACCAACCCCUCCCCCCCAGCCUUUCCUGCCCGCUUCUUACAUCAAAGGAGUCACAUCUGUUUCACAAAAUUAAAACUAAAGUAGCCUUGGCUUACCAACAAUUACAUUUUCACUUUUCCCACCCUGCCAAUUUUUUAAAACCUAACUUGCUAAUAGGGCCAUUGGUGCAAAUUUAUUCAUAACAGACGUGAACAGAAGGGCCAGGGGCUCGUUCCGGUUCAGCAUGUCCCAGAGCAGACAGACCACCCACAGGAGAAGGGCUUCUGCAGCUCAGGGCCGAGGUCAGCUCUUUCCAGAGUCCCCUCACCUCACGUGCCGUGACACAGUCGACAUGCACUCGCCUGGCAGUGAGCUGGUGGCAUCUGUCCUCCCUUCUCUGCACCGCCCACGGCAGGGCGUCCCGGGCUCGGCACUGUUACCGUCUGACGGGGGGGAGUGGAGUGCAGCUCGCUCUGAGCAAAGCAGGGAUCAUUCUAGAUACGGCUAGGGCGUAAGGUCUGCACACAGCAACCACAAAUGCAUUAUCAUCUCAAGUCCAAACCCCUUGCAUAUCCAGUGUAAAUUUA